AUGAAGAAACUUUCUUUGGAUCUUAAAAAUCGGAAGACGCCUCCAACAAAGCCUUCAAUCGAGGAACCCCCGGUGUUGGAGUUGAAGCCAUUACCUCCACACCUCAGGUAUGAAUUCUUGGGCUCUAAUUCAACUUUAUCAGUCAUUCUUUCCUCUUGUCUUACUAACAUGCAGGUAGAUGCCACGUUGGCGGUGCUCAAAAAGCGGAAAAAGGCAAUUGGAUGGACUUUGGCCGAUAUACGGGGAAUAAGCCCCGCAUUUUGCAUGCACAAGAUUAUUUUUGAGGAUGAUGCAAGGCCCUUCUUGGAACAUCAAAGGAGGCUCAAUGAGGCAAUGCAAGAAGUGAAAGGUGGGAUGACUGUGGUGACAAAUGACAACAAUGAACUUAUUCCCACUCGGACGGUUACCGGAUGGCGGGUAUGCAUGGACUACCGGAAGCUAAACAAGGUGACCCGCAAGGAUCAUUUUCCUUUGCCAUUCCUUGACCAAAUGCUUGAUCGCCUUGCGGGGCGAGCCUUUUAUUGCUUUUUGGAUGGAUAUUCGGGUUAUAAUCAAAUCUUAAUUGCUCCGGAGGACCAAGAGAAGACCACAUUCACCUGCCCAUAUGGUACAUUUGCUUUUUCUCGGAUCCCGUUCGGGUUGUGCAAUGCUCCGGCGACCUUCCAACUAUGCAUGAUGGCUAUUUUCACCGACAUGGUGGAAGAUAUUUUGGAAGUCUUUAUGGAUGAUUUUAGUGUGGUUCGUGAUUCAUUUGAAGAGUGUUUGAGAAAUUUGGAUAGAGUCUUGGCCCGAUGUGAAGACAUAAAUCUCGUUCUUAAUUGGGAAAAAUGCCACUUCAUGGUUGAAGAGGGCAUAGUGUUGGGCCACAAAAUUUCUAAGCAUGGGAUUGAAGUAGACAAAGCCAAGAUUGAGGUGAUUUCAAGGCUUCCUCCCCCCACUUCUGUCAAGGGGGUGAGGAGUUUUCUUGGGCAUGCAGGGUUCUACCGGCGAUUUAUCAAGGAUUUUUCGAAGGUAGUGAAUCCUCUUUGCAAGUUGCUAGAGAAAGAUGAUAAGUUUGUGUUUGAUGAGAAAUGCAUGGAGGCCUUUGGACUCCUUACGCAUAAGUUGACUACCACCCCGAUCAUUACCGCUCCAAAUUGGAGUUUGCCUUUCGAGAUCAUGUGCGAUGCAAGUGAUGUUGCGGUUGGGGUUGUGUUGGGUAAAAAAGUGAACAAAAUGUUUCAUCCCGUGUACUAUGCAAGCAAGACUAUAAAUGAAGCUCAAAGGAACUACAUGAUGACGGAGAAGGAAUUGUUGGCUAUUGUGUUCGCCAUGGAAAAAUUUCGGCCAUAUCUUAUGGGAGCCAAAGUCAUAGUGCACACCGAUCAUGCCGCCCUUAGGUAUUUCAUGACAAAGAAAGACUCCAAGGCAAGGUUGAUGCGAUGGGUGUUACUUCUUCAAGAGUUUGAUUUGGAGAUAGUGGACCGUAGAGGUAGUGAAAACCAAGUGGCGGAUCAUUUGCUCCGCUUGGAGGAGGAAGGUAGGCCGUGUGAUGGCCUAGAGAUCAAUGACACAUUCCCCGAUGAGCAACUACUUUCUGUGUCGAUGUGUGAUAUGCCAUGGAUUGCGGACAUUGCUAAUUUCGGCGUUAGAAUCAGAACAGGCGUUCUACCGCGGUUCCACCGCGACCGCGGUGAAACCGCGGUAGAUUACGCCCGCGGAACUUCACUGCUGCGGUUCCACCGCGAAAGCGGCAGAACCGCGGCAGGCCCAGACGCGGUCAGGAUUAAUGGCUCCCAAAAGGCACAGGCGCUCUGCGGUCCUUCCCACCGACCUGCUUAUGAUGAAUCUAGAUUCCAAUCGGAACAGGCUGAGGAUGACUUCCGUGCCAAAGCUAAUAAAACGUUCAUUCAGGAAAUCCCGAUUGAUCGGGCUGCCCUCCGAGUUGAAAAAGUGGAGAUGGAGUUGAUUGUGCGGGGUACGGUGGUCAGUGCUCAGAUUCCAACAAUUCGCCGGGUGUUGAGGUUACCUCCAUUCACCAGCGAUGUUGACUACUAUCAUGACAGGGCCGGGGUGACAUGGGAGGGAUUCUACUUCCCUUCUUUGGUAACCACACUAUGCUUGCUGAGGAACACCCCUACCAACCCUGCUGAUGGUGACUUGCCCCCAAAAGCAGCCUUCAAAGCUUCCGGUAUCAGAGUGGGCAGAGGCACCCGCACUACCAUUGAGAUAGAUGAUGAGGAGGACGAUCCGGUCCCUAUGGCACCAUCUAGGCGGUCUGUAGACAGUGCUGGACCCUCUUGGCGCUCUCAUUCUGGAGCAGACCUAUCUCGCUCACAGUCCUCCCGGCCUAUGUUGCGCUCCUUGGAGGACGAGGUCGCGGAUCUUCGCACCUCGGUGCGACCUAUGAUGUUGGACUAUGUCGCUAGAGGCGGUCAAUGCCUAUGGCGCGUAGCAAGGCACAGAAAGGUUACUGCAGUAAGCCGCCAAUGGUGCACAGUGGUCAAGGAACCAGUGGCUAAAGAGAUGCAUGAUGAUUUUACUAUGUCAAUAUUGAGAAAAGUGCUACGAUGUCCCACACUAUAUGCUGACUUGCCCACUGGGCACCAUACACCGACCACCAGCAGUAACCUUGAUGUUCCUAUGCCUUCAGGUGCGACCUAUGAUGUUGGACUAUGCCGCUGGAGGCGGUCAAUAUCUAUGGCCCGUAGCAAGGCACUUAAAGGUUACUGCUGUAAGUCGGCCAAUGGUGCACAGUGGGCAAGUCAGCAUGUAGUGUGGGACAUGGUAGCCUACACGACUAGUUUCGAGACUCUUUUCCUUUCUUUCUUCCUAUCUGUCAAUUCUAGAUUUGCUUAUACCUACAAUUAA